AUGGAUUCUUGCCUCAGAAAGACGUAUCUGGAUUUACCCCCUUUCUUGCAAUUCGCAACGAGGUUUUGCCUCUCUCUUGUUAACGAUUGGGAUUGCGAAGACCGUGUUCGUACGUGCCGUCAAGAGGCAGCAAACGGGCCAGCUGCCGAACGUGACAGCCAAAUAUAUUCUUGCCUCCAGAAGUAUUAUCCGAAUGAGACACAGGAACAAACAGACGGUGAGGGUGCCCUUCCGUUUUCAGACGUGAAUGCGACUGCCACACAGUCAGGCCAACCCCAGAAUUCCGGAGACUUUGAAGAAGCACAAGCAGAAUCAAGUUCGAAUGCCCAACAUUCAGGCAAGACAGAGAGGCCAACUGACUGUCCGGCGGUUGCAGACCCUACGGCGCAAAACGAAGGCCCCAGCGAUUUUCCCUCGCCCGCGGUGUCGGACGUGGUCGAUGUACCUGGACACGACAGAGUUACUGCACUUCCCGUCGAUAAACCCGACGUCGAUGCAUCUGACGACACUACGAUUCCCGCACCCGAUAAACAGCCCGGACAGGCCGGACAACCCGCCCAUCCAAUCGAGGAGGUGGACAGACAGCUCAACGAACAUUGUGGCCGCCUCGGAGUCAACACGCAAGACUGCAUGUCCGCCGCGUUUCGCUGCACUGGCCAAGUGAAAAUCGACGCAACCAUGGAGGAAUUCCUCAAGUGCGUUGACAGAACGCGGCUCGAGAAGUCAAGGUGA